UUAUUUUAAAAAUGUUUAUUUUGAAUAUUUCAUUAUCGCUUACAUAUUUUUAGACAUUUGAUUAAAUUUUAUAAAUCGCUUUAUAAUCAUUUAGUUUUAUUUUGAAAUAAAUUAUCAGGCCUCCAAUGUAUUUUUGUUUAUAAAAUUUAAAUUACUCUCAAUUAUCUUAUCACGUGACUGAAAUGACUUUCAAAAAUUCAUCGAACUCAAAAAUGACAGCACUUUAAUUAACAUUAAUCAAAAUUAUAAGUAACCAUAAGAAAUAAGAGUCAAUGUCAUCAGUCAUCAAUCUCAAGAAGAGUUAUAAAGGAUUUAAAUAUUUGAAAAAAAUGUGAUAAGUGAUAAGAUAUUUAUUUUAUAAACCAGGGGGUCGUCUGAGAUCCGAGACCGUCAAUAAUCUUAUUGCUGCAACUCCCCUCCAAUGACUUUCGAUUAGUUUAUAUAAACAAGUUUAAAUUAAUAUCAGCAGUUUCCUCAGCUCAAGUCCACUGUAAAGUUCAAGUGACCAUUGCUUAUAUUUCUUUGUUUUAAUAUUUAUAUUUAUUUAGUAUUACUAUAAGUUUUAUUUUUAUAAUCUCACGUUUGUGAUUUUAAAUAUUUUAUUGUUAAGAAAAAUUAUUUACUAAGAAAAGUAGAUAAUUUUUUUAUUGGAGUUUUUAAUUAAUUGUAUUAGUUAAUGAUCUUUAUAGUUAAUAAUAAAGAUAUCUGUAUGAGAUUUGAUACAUUUGAUGAGACAGAAGUUCUACUGAACACUUUGCCAGAGGCUGUGACGUUUGAGGAUAUUAAAAAUUUCUCUAAACGGCAGCUCUACGAAUUUAUUUUUGAUAAUUGUACUUACUGCCGCAAAAUGGCAGCAGUGCCGCAGGGAGCUUUUGCGGUCUGCAAAGUCCACGAAAUGAUGGAACGUAAAAUGUUGAUACAAAAAGCUGAUAAUAUUGAUGAUGAUAACGAAAACUGGAGCGGAUUUUUAAAAAAAAAUUUAUCUGAAAAACGUGAAUUAACGCCACUUAAGUACAACAGCAAGCUGAUGAACAGUAUCUGGGGGCUGUACAAUCGUUACUCUGUUCACAAUCUCAAGAAAAACACUGACCCAGAAGGGGUAAUUGCUAAAACUUUGGGGAACGUACUGUUUACCAGUACUUCCUCAUGUGCUGCAGCUCAAGCAGCUGAAGCGUCUCCACAACCUCAUGUUUUUUGA